UAACAGCAAUGUACCAUAAGGAACCUAGGUCCAUAAUAACUGAUGGCGAUCGUGCAAUGCGAAGGGUUGUAAGGGUAGUUUUGCCUAACACUGCUCAUCGUUUGUGCGCUUGGCAUAUUGAGAGGAAUGCAAUUCGCUAUCUUCAUCAUUACAUGAUUUCUGCAUUUAGGAAGCUAAUUUACAUGCGUCGUAGUCCAAAAACAUUUAAGGCGAAGUGGAAAAGGUUCAUCAAGGACCACAAGAUUGGUAAGCGCCAUAAGUGUCGCAGGUGGCUGUCAAAGAUGUACAAAAUCAGAAAGCUGUGGGCAUUUUGUUAUUUAAAGAAUAAAUAUUUCUUGGGUACACAGAGUAACCAGCGAAGUGAAAGCUUAAAUUCUCGACUUCACAAGCACCUGGAUAGGAAAAUGACGCUAUAUGAUAUGAUUGAGCAUUAUUUCCAUUGUGUUUCUCGUAUUAGAAGAAAUGAGUCCGAACUGGAUUGUAUUGCAUCACAGUCUAUCCCAGUUGCUACUACUGAACACCAAGUUUUGGAAAUAUCAGCUGCUACCUGUUUCACUCCGGCAAUUUUUCAUUUCGUACAGAGGGAAAUUGAAAGGACAUUAAAUUAUGAGAUUGUGGAAAUAUUAGAUACUGAUGUUUGCACCAAAUACAUCAUCGCGGCAAGAGAGGGCAGCAAGGUCUUUGAUGUUGACUGCGAUGAUGAGGUGACACUAGCAAAUGUUAGAUGCAGCUGCUUGAAAUUCGAGUGCGAAGGAAUACCCUGUUGCCAUAUCAUGGUUGUGCUGAUUAAACUUGGUGCUGCGACGAUCCCACAGUGUUGUGUGCUAAACAGAUGGACAAGGAAUGGCAAGUCAAGUAGCGCUUUUGACACUCCUGAUCAUGUGACCUCAAUGCAAAGAGCACGUGUGACUGAAUUAGUAAACUUGGCAAAACAAGUUUUCGAAGAAGCAUCAAGUUCAACUGAAGAAUUUGUGAGAUGGAAGGAAAUUCUAUUGAGCGAGCGCAAUAACAAACGGAAAAGCAAUGACAUGGAUGGAAAAUGUAGUAGUACUCAAGAGGAAGGGAAUAAAUUGGAAGGAGAGGCAGAAGCAAUAAAUGUCUAAGAUCCUGUGCAAGUGCAGAACAAAGGGGCACCAAAAAGAAUGAAAAGCUUUGUGGACAAGAAGAGAAUAAGGAGAUGUUCUCAAUGCAAGGGAACCGACCACGAUAAAAGGAAUUGCCAAAAAAAAGCUUGGAUGGCACUUCAAGUUUCAAAAGAAUAACCAAGGACAAUUCUUCUGUUGCUGUGACCUGAAGAUCUAACUGUGAUGCCUUAAGUGUUGUAGCAUGGUGCUGCAGU